AUGUAUACAUAUGCAUGUUAUAUCCCAUGUUCACGACAGUACAUGGUACUCGGUCAUGAUUUCUCCUUGAUUACCUCUUCCAAUAUGUCUUUCGAUCCAUACCCAUGGAUCACCGGGAGGAGGGAGACAAAAUCGCCCGAUUUACCCCCCGAGGCGAAGCAGCUUUACAACAGCGUCAAAGGCGAUAUCAUGUCUGUAGACAAGGUACCUGGAAAUGUGUUCUACAAGAACAUGCAACCGGACACCACCGCUCUGGUGCUUGAGACCAUAGAUGAAGAUCCCGAUAUCCAGGGGGAGUCUGCCCGCAUCAACUACAACAGCCGCUCUCUAGACUUUGUGGUCACCUUUCCUACGUUUUUCCACGGAGUGCAAUCAGCAUGGUUGAUGUCUGCGUUUCGAAAGGCUCGGAGCAAUGGGUAUUUCUCUCAAGCUGAAUGGGAUAGGCUCCACAUAUCUCAUGAUCAAAAGUUUAAAUACUUUCACGACCAGUAUGUUCACUCAUUCAAACACCCAGAGUUCUCCGUCAGGCCCGAAGGUCGUCCUUAUCCCACCAUCGUCGUUGAAUCGGCCUGGGCUGAUUCAUAUCUGUACCUUCGUCGAGAGACGGAGCUCUGGCUGCAGGGGAGUAGAAGAAAAAUCGGCACCGUGUUCCUCUUCAAAUGGACCCGUCUGCCGCAGAACCAGGUGAAAUGCAGAAUAGAAAUGUUCGGUCCGGGCGAUCCAUCGCCUGUCUGGGUGGAAGUUUACCCCUCUCCCCCUCCGGAUGCCCCCAAACAAGUCUUCUUUCUCGAUCGCCGCGAAAUACUUGCAGAGGCCGUGUCUGAUGGUCGUAACUGUUGGAACGACGUGGUUGAGUUCCCUAUUGACUGUUUUCGCGAGUUAGCGGAUCCUGUUAUCCAGGCUGCUGGGUAUAUUCCAGCGCAGUCGAACGAGCUUCCCUUAAGAACGACGGGCUCCCAGAGCUAG